AUGAGGAUCUCCUACAUCUGCGUUGCGCCAAAAGAUCUGUCGCGGAUCGCGAUCCACCGCGCGAGGAUCGCCCUCGACGCCUCGGCAUUCGUUAGGGUUUCGCCGGCGCUCCUCGGGGUUAAGGGACAGGACACUGAAUGGGUAACUGUAGAUUUUGGAUCUCCCAAACCAUCCUCGGAUCAUUGGAUUGGGGUGUUCUCUCCCUCAAAUUUCAAUUCAUCUACUUGCCCAGAUAACAGUGGGUUCAACAAAGAGCUGGUUCCUAUGAUUUGCCAGGCCCCAGUAAAGUAUCAAUUAGCGAAUUAUUCCUCAGAUUAUUUGAAAUCUGGAAAGGGCACUUUGAAGCUCCAACUAAUCAAUCAGCGUCAAGACUUUUCUUUUGCAUUGUUCUCUGGCGGACUUUCGAGUCCAAAGCUUCUAGCGGUUUCAGAUUCGAUCUCUUUUGCGAAUCCAAAGGCUCCUUUGUAUCCACGUCUGGCGCAAGGGAAAGCUUGGAAUGAGAUGACUGUAACAUGGACUAGCGGUUAUGACAUUAGUGAGGCUUUUCCCUUUGUUGAAUGGGGCAUCAAGUGGGGAACCACUACGCGCUCGCCAGCUGGCACGCUAACAUUCUCUCGUACAGCCUUGUGUGGUCCCCCGGCACGUACAGUUGGAUGGAGAGAUCCUGGCUUCAUUCACACUAGUUUCCUAAAGGAUUUGUGGCCAAAUUCCAAGUACACUUACAAAAUAGGUCAUCAGUUAUUCAAUGGUUCCAUUGUAUGGGGCAAGUCUUAUUCUUUCCGGUCAUCGCCUUAUCCCGGGCAAAAUUCACUGCAGCGAGUUGUUAUUUUCGGAGACAUGGGGAAGGCUGAAAGGGACGGAUCAAAUGAGUAUAAUAGCUACCAGCCUGGUUCACUAAACACUACAGAUACAAUUGUUAAGGAUUUGGACAACAUAGAUUUUGUUGUUCACAUUGGCGACAUCACUUACGCAAAUGGCUAUCUGUCGCAAUGGGAUCAAUUUACUGCUCAGAUUGAGCCGAUUGCUUCAAGGGUCCCAUACAUGGUUGGAAGCGGCAAUCACGAGAGGGAUUGGCCUAACACAGGAUCGUUCUAUGAUACAACUGAUUCCGGAGGAGAGUGUGGUGUGCUAGCUGAGACCAUGUUCUAUUUUCCAGCAGAGAACAGAGCAAAGUUUUGGUAUUCUACAGAUUACGGCAUGUUCCGCUUCUGCAUAGCAGACACCGAGCACGACUGGAGAGAAGGCACGGAGCAGUACAAGUUUAUAGAGCGGUGCCUCGCAUCGGUGGACAGGAAGCAGCAACCGUGGCUGAUCUUCGCGGCCCACCGUGUGCUGGGCUACUCCUCCAGCUCAUUUUACGCCGCCGAGGGCUCGUUCUCGGAGCCCAUGGGGAGGGACCUCCAAAAGCUAUGGCAGAAGUAUAGGGUGGACUUGGCCUUCUACGGUCAUGUGCACAACUAUGAGAGGACCUGCCCUAUUUACCAGAACCAGUGUGUGAGCAGUGAGAAGUCACACUACUCGGGCACUAUGAACGGGACGAUCCACGUGGUGGUGGGCUGCGGCGGCAGCCACUUAUCGGACUUCACCACCGUCACUCCGAACUGGAGCAUCUACAGAGACGAGGACUACGGUUUCGUGAAGCUCACCGCCUUCGACCACUCCUCGCUCCUCUUCGAGUACAAGAAGAGCAGCGACGGAAAAGUCUACGACUCCUUCACCAUCUCUAGAGAUUACAGAGAUGUGCUAUCUUGCGUGCAUGAUAGUUGCGCGUCGACGACGUUGGCCUCGUAAAGAAAAAGAAAAGAAAACAAAAGGGCUAAAUUACAUAAAAUCCCUCUGUCAAAACCCAAUUUUCACUUUUCCCUGUCAUUUAAAAAUCUACAUAUUGUCCUCUUAUAAAAUGAAAAAUGUUUACUUCGUCCCCUGCCGUUAGUAAUCCGUUAAGAUUCCGUUUAUAAAAUAUUAUUAUAUAUUUUAUUAUGCCAAAAAUGCCCUCAGUCUUCUCUUCUGUGAAUAUGACGAGGGCGAAAUAGUGAGGGGCAAAAUGGUCAUUUUAUCAUCACAGUUCAGACCGUACCUCCUGUGAACAUUUUUUAUUUUACAAGGGAGUAAAGUGUAGGUUUUUAAAUGACAGGGAGGAAAGUGAAAAAUCGGGUUUUGACAGGAGGGUUAUCUGUAAUUUAGCCGAACAAAAAUCCUUCAUGGUUUAUAAAGUAUGUUAUUGCUCGAGUUUGUAAAGGGUGUACAUUACAAUAUGUUUUUCCUUUUAUUUAUCUGGGUUGAAUUUGAGGGUUUGUGAAAAAUAAGGAUGACGUUUCUAGCUAUAAAUUGAAUUGCAUAAGUUACGCUACUUAAUUAUACCGUUCCCUUAUUACCGUUU